AUGCCGGUCAAUUCUCAAGUUGUGCCAAAGACUCAAGUCGAAGGCCGUGACAAGGUCCUCUACCUCCCAUACGACUAUCUCCUAACCCUUGGAGGCAAAGGCAUCCGUUCCAAACUAAUGGACGCUUUUGACCACUGGCUCCACGUCCCAAAGGACAAGCUCGUCACCAUCAAAUCCGUCGUCGAAAAGCUCCACAAUGCAUCUCUCCUCGUCGACGAUAUCGAAGACAACUCGCCCAUGCGUCGUGGCAAACCAAGUGCUCAUAUGGUACAUGGAGUACCAUCAACAAUCAACACUGCCAAUUUGUGCUACUUUGAUGCGCUGGAAUGUGUGAUGGAAGAUGCGGCCAUGACGAAGAUCUUUGUGUGUGAGAUGAUUCAGUUGCAUCGUGGACAAGGGUUUGAGUUGUAUUGGAGGGAUAAUGGGAGUGUUGCGUGUCCGAGUGUGGAGGAGUAUGUUGAUAUGGUUUCAAACAAGACUGGAGGUUUGAUGAGACUUGGAGUCAAGAUGAUGCAGCUCUAUACCGAAACCAACAAGGACUUGGUACCACUUGUUGACUUGAUAGGUGUCCACUUCCAAAUCCGUGACGAUUACCUCAAUCUUGCUUCUACCAAGGCAUACAAGAUGACAUCAUCUUGUUACACUGACGCAAAAGGAUUCUGUGAAGACUUGAGUGAAGGAAAGUUCUCAUACCCAGUAAUCCACUCCAUUCAAAACCUUGCUGGUCACGAAUUGAUAAACAUCCUCCGUGCAAGACCAACAGACAUUCCAGCAAAACAACGUGCUAUGGAUUUGAUCAAUGCCAGCAAGUCAUUAGACUACACUGAGAGUGUAAUUGACUCUCUUGAUGCCAAGAUUUCAGAAGAAAUGAGCAAGUUGGGACCAAAUCCUGGGUUGGAGAAGGUUAUGGCAAUGCUGAGAGAAGAGUAUCUGGCUGAAAUGCUGACAUCAUUCGACACAAUCAGCACGAACAAUAGUAAUAUUACAAUGGGUUCGAAGCCUCGCGUACGGAUCCUUGGAGCUGGAGUCUCAGGCCUAACUGUCGGCGUAUUACUGCAAGCUCAAGGAUGCUCCACCACCAUAAUCUCAAAGUCAUCACCACUUGCAUUCGAUGCAGAUCCUCUCUACACGAGUCCUAAAGCCGGUGCGAACUGGAGAUCAUUCGUCGAGAAUGGAGAUGAACGUUUGCAAGCUUAUGAUGAGGCUGCCUUCAAAGUCCUCUGGUCACUAGCCGAAAUACCUGCCGCUGGAAUCGUUAGAUACCCUUCAUUUGAAUACUACAAGCAACAGAGACCCAAUCCGUGGUUUGCACGGUUUAUACCAGGCUUUAGAGUCCUGGAGGCCAACGAAAUACCAGAUGGCUUCUCAUACGGGUACCGGUAUAUGACUGUUGGCAUAACAGUCCCUGUAUAUUUAAAGUUCUUGUUGACCAUGUACACCAACUUGGGUGGAACUCUCAAACAUGGUACCGUUGAGCACAUUCAAGACCUGUACAACGGCGAUGACUGUGAUGUAGUCGUAAACUGCUCUGGAAUUGGAGCCAAGACACUGGGAGGUGUAGAAGAUAGCGAUGUAUAUCCAACACGUGGACAGAUCGUUAUCGUUAAAAGUCCAGUGCUAUUGACGAUUAUGGCUGUUGGUGCUGGACGUUUGCAGCCAGAGACAACAUAUAUCAUCUCCAGGAAUGACGGGACGGUUAUAUUGGGAGGCACUUAUCAACAAAACAAUGGAAAUUUGGAGCCUGAUUGGGGUAUUGCAGAACGUAUAAUACAGCGAUGUGUUGCAGUUUGUCCUGAACUUGCUGGACCGGAUGGUAAGGUGGAGGUUGUUGAGCAUAAGGUUGGUCUGAGGCCCACUAGGAAGGGGGACGUACGUGUGGAGCCUGAGAUGGUGAAAACGAGUUCUGGACGAUGCGUUCUACUAGUACACAAUUACGGCCAUGGCGGGUACGGCUACCAAUCCAGUUGGGGAACAGCGGACCAAGUAGUCUCAAUUAUCUCGCAAAUCUCGGACGGCACAAUGGGAAACUGGUGGGUACAAGGUUUCGCAGCCGGCCUGAAAGCUCUUAAACCAAAAAUGUAG